AAACUUUGAACUCCUUAAAGCGGCGUCAGUGAACCGAGCACAUAAAGAGGAACAGGAGGAACUGUCUGGAGCAUCUGUGCUGUCUCUGCCUUUCACACCAUGAAGUUAGCGACUGUGCUGUUCUAUGGCUGGGCCUUGGCUGUUUCCUUCACAAUCCAGGUAACUAACGCAGACGGGUCUUCAAUUACAAAUACAACAACUACAGGACCAACAGCCAACACCAUGACCAUGCCAUCAACAGCCAGCACCACAAAUUACACAACUCCAUCAAAUGCAACCACAAUAACAUCAACAAACCGCUCCACCUCGCCAGUGAUGAUGAACGCCACCACUGCCACCACUGCCACCACUGUGAUGCCUUCAGAUCUAAUAUCUACUGUACCUUUAAACGCUAGCACCACAUUGAUGCCAACGCAUUCCACCUCGUCACUGCCAGUAGAUACCACUCAUGUGAUGCCUUCGACCACUGUGGACCCAUGGAACUCGACUUCGGCCAACAUGACAACGAAGGGAACAAACGUGACCACGGUGACGUCGGCUACAGCUACUACAAUAACGCAACCAAAUACCAAAACUACCAAGUCUCCUGGUACAACACGAUCCAGCAGCCCUGAUGUUCACCCUGAGCUGAUCACUUGCACAUUAUCGAUUCUACUGUAUUUUCUGCAGUACUAAUCAUUUUCCAAUAGCCACUGCCUGAGAUUUUACGUGUUCAUUUACACAUUUAAUUCUCUGUAAACCUUUAGUUUAAUACACGUAUUUUAAUCUGUACACGACAACGUGAAUGAGCCGUUGCUAUAGAAACGAUAAGGUAUCGAGUGCAUUAAUAUAAUACUAUGAUAUGAACCUUCUCUGCUGUGCGAGCUGCAGAAUUCAGCAGCGAGGUGGAAUUAGCUUUACAGAUCAUGUAACAGUCAUGCUUUAGUCUUCUCGACCACAAUCGUGUUAUGUUGAAGUUUGCUUUUUGUCACUUUUAGCCACCAGAACCACAGAAACCUGUGUUCCUAGACUUUGUUUCCUGUUUAAUGAUUCAUUACCUCUCUGAGGGACAAAAAAAUCAAAUCCUUUUCAAGGUCAUGUCACAGAAAUUUCCUUGUAAUUAAUCAAUGCUGUGUGAUGACUAAAAAUAAAGUUCUUUCAGGAA